AUGUACCUGUACCGCCAAGUACUGAUGUACCUGUACCGCCCAGUACUGAUGUACCUGUACCGCCCAGUACUGAUGUACCUGUACCGCCCAGUACUGAUGUACCUGUACCGCCCAGUACUGAUGUACCUGUACCGCCCAGUACUGAUGUACCUGUACCGCCCAGUACUGAUGUACCUGUACCGCCCAGUACUGAUGUACCUGUACCGCCCAGUACUGAUGUACCUGUACCGCCCAGUACUGAUGUACCUGUACCGCCCAGUACUGAUGUACCUGUACCGCCCAGCUACACCUCCCCAGCCUUCCCUUCCUCCAGGCUACACCUCCCCAGCCUUCCCUUCCUCCAGGCUACGCCCCUCCCCACCCUUCCCUUCCUCCAGGCUGCAGUCCCCCCCCACCCCUUCCUCCGGGCUACAGUCCCCCCCACCCUUCCUCCGGGCUACAGUCCCCCCACCCUUCCUCCGGGCUACAGUCUUCCCCCCCCACCCUUCCUCCGGGCUACAGUCCCCCCCCCACCCUUCCUCCGGGCUACAGUCCCCCCCCCACCCUUCCUCCGGGCUGCAGUCCCACCCCCCAUUCCUCCGGGCUGCAGUCCCACCCCCCACCCUUCCUCCGGGCUGCAGUCCCCCCCACCCUUCCUCCGGGCUACAGUCCCCCCCACCCUUCCUCCGGGCUGCAGUCCCCCCCACCCUUCCUCCGGGCUACAGUCCCCCCCCCACCCUUCCUCCGGGCUACAGUCCCCCCCCACCCUUGCUCCAGGCUACAGUCCCCCCCCCACCCUUCCUCCGGGCUGCAGUCCCCCCCACCCUUCCCCCAGCCUUCUCUUCCUCCAGGCUACACCUCCCCACCCUUCCCUUCCUCCAGGCUACACCUCCCCAGCCUUCCCUUCCUCCAGGCUACACCUCCCCAGCCUUCCCUUCCUCCAGGCUACGCCCCUCCCCACCCUUCCCUUCCUCCAGGCUACGCCCCCCCCACCCUUCCCUUCCUCCGGGCUACACCCCCAGCCUUCCCUUCCUCCAGGCUACGCCCCCCCAACCUUCUCUUCCUCCAGGCUACGCCCCCCCAGCCUUCCCUUCCUCCAGGCUACGCCUCCCCACCCUUCCCUUCCUCCAGGCUACGCCCCCCCCACCCUUCCCUUCCUCCGGGCUACACCUCCCCACCCUUCCCUUCCUCCAGGCUACGCCCCCCAGCCUUCCCUUCCUCCAGGCUACGCCCCCCCACCCUUCCCUUCCUCCAGGCUACACCCCCACCCUUCCCUUCCUCCAGGCUACACCUCCCCAGCCUCCCUUCCUCCAGGCUACGCCCCCCCACCCUUCCCUUCCUCCAGGCUACACCUCCCCACCCUUCCCUUCCUCUAGGCUACGCCCCCCCAGCCUUCCCUUCCUCCAGGCUACGCCCCCACCACCCUUCCUUUCCUCCAGGCUAGCACCUCCCCAGCCUUCCCUUCCUCCAGGCUACGCCCCCCCAGCCUUCCUUUCCUCCAGGCUACCCACCCCCCCACCCUUCCCUUCCUCCAGGCUACGGUAUCAAUGA